AUCUUAAAUUAAUUCUUAUCCAUCAAUAUAUUAAAAAUGUACAAAAUUUAUAUAAACGGGUAUUUUUACUAUUCUAACAAAAAGUUAUCCUUUAAUUGACAAAUAUAAUUAAGAUUAGUAUAAUGUAAAUUCUAAUACAUCAAACUAAAUUAAUUAUAUUAUACAAAAAUAAUAUAAAUAAUUUAAAUUAUAAUUUAAAAUCCCGUCGAAUUUCGACGGGUUAUACACUAGUUGACAUAUAAAUAGAAAGAGGAGAGCGGUAUCGGUGUGCUUAAUGAGUCUGGUGAAAUUGGUCCGGAGAGAAAAUGCAGCAGCACAUAGUGAUGUUGCCGUUCAUGGCGCAAGGCCAUCUCAUCCCAUUCUUAGCCCUAGCCAAUCAAAUCGCCCAACGAUUCCCCUUCACCAUCACCAUCGCCACCACCCCACUCAACGUCCGCUACCUCAGAACCGCCGCCUCCACUUCCAACCCCCGAAUCCAUUUCUCCGACCUCCCCUUCAACGCCGCCGAUCACGGCCUCCCGCCGGACACUGAGAACACGGAGGCCCUACCCCUCCACCUCGUCAUCAACCUCUUCCGAGCCUCCACCUCCCUCGAAGCCGCCUUCCGCGCUCUAAUCCGCGAUAUAACCGCCAGAGACGGCGCCCCGCCGCUCUGCAUAAUCUCCGACGUCUUCAUGGCCUGGGCUAACGAGGUCGCCAGAUCUUCCGCCACCGUCAACGUCGCCUUCACCACCGGCGGCGCCUACGGCACCGCCGCCUACAUGUCCAUGUGGCAGCACCUCCCCCACCGCUGCGCCGCCGCGGACGGCAGCUUUGCUGUCCCUGGAUUCCCCAACUCUCGCCGCUUCCACGUCUCUCAGAUGCACCGCUUCCUGAGAGACGCGGACGGCAGCGAUCCGUGGUCGAGAUUCUUCCAGCCCCAAAUCGCGCAGUCGCUCUGCUCAUUCGGCUGGCUUUGCGCCACUGCGGCGGAGAUCGAACCGCUGGGGUUGGACGUCUUCUCCAAUUAUACUAAACGCCCCAUCUGGUGCGUAGGUCCGCUCAUCUCCCAGGGGAUGCUGGACCGGAAACCGUCGCGCGUGAUCGGCAAACACGCCGGCAGAGAGCCCGGAAUCUCACCGGAGAAAUGCCUGGAGUGGCUGGAUUCCCACCCUGAGAACUCCGUUGUGUACGUGAGCUUCGGAUCGCAGAACACGAUCAGUCAGUCGCAGAUGAUGGCGCUGGCGUUGGGGUUGGAGGACAGCCGGCGGCCGUUCAUUUGGGCGAUCAGGCCGCCGGCUGGCUUCAACUCACGGGACGAGUUCAAGCCCGAGUGGCUUCCCGAUGGAUUCGAGCAACGGAAGCAGGGGUUGGUAGUGAAGUCAUGGGCGCCGCAGCUGGAGAUACUCUGCCACCGAUCAACGGGGGCGUUUCUGAGCCACUGCGGCUGGAAUUCGGUGGCGGAGAGCUUGAGCCAAGGCGUGCCGAUCAUCGGGUGGCCGCUGGCGGCGGAGCAGGGAUACAAUGCGAAGAUGCUGGUGGAGGAGAUGGGGGUGUGCGUGGAGAUGACGAGGGGCCUGGAGAGCAGCAUUAGUAGAGAGGAUGUGAAGAGGGUGAUUGAGGAGGUGAUCGGCGGAGAAAGUAAAGCGGAGGAGAUGAGGAAGAAAGCGGCGGAGAUUGGGGAGUUGAUCAGAGCUGCUUUGACGGAGGAAGGCGAGCGUAAAGGGUCUUCGCUUAAAGCGAUUGACGAUUUUGUGGCUGCCCUUCUCUCUCUAAGGGAUAACGUUCAUUGCUAAACCUACUUUCUUUCCGCAUGGAUCCUCUAUGCCCCGUGUACCACCACCCUUAAUUUAUUAUAAUUUUUAAUUAUAUUUUUUUAAA